AUUGUUGAUUUGGCAAAUUUACUUGGGUGUCGCUGCCCUCUGCUAGUCAGAUAACAUUUGUCCUUUUCCGAAUAUCCUAUCAAAUAGUCAAUCAGCUGACUCCACCUAUGAAUCAUACAAGUGAAAACAUACACGAGCUGAGAGAAAGCUCACCCCGGCUUAGUAUCGAUCCCACCGAGUCACGAGCAUCGUCUGAUCGUCUCAAUUCUGAUGUGAGGACCGCUUAUUCAAGGACAGCCUCGGCGCGAGGUUCCACUUCCCUGAUAAAUAAACCACACAAACGCAGAUUUGAUUUCAGUGGCUCGUGGCUAUGGGAGAUCAUCUGUGCUGCUUUUGCCGUGAUUGGUAUCGCUUCACUGGUCGGGUUCCUUAUCAGAAUUCAUGGCACGCGGUAUGCAGACUGGCAAUACACUGCUGCGCCGAACACAGUAAUCUCUAUAAUUAUGACUAUCACUGAAGCUGCGCUUCUUGUUCCUAUUACAGCCUGUCUCGGUCAGCUCAAGUGGAACCUGUACCGCAGGCCGGCCUCUCUUGAGUACAUGCAAGCCAUUGACGAAGCAAGUCGUGGUUCCUUCGGAUCAUUUCAGAUACUCUAUCGGGCGAUUCUAGGAUCAAAAACGGGCAUCUUAACAUUCUAUGGAGCUUUCCUCACCGUCAUAGCUCUUGCUGUCGACCCUUUUGCACAGCAGAUUCUCACUUUUCCCUUGCGGCCAACUCAGUCUUCAAACGACACUGCUUUUAUCCAAUACGCGCACAACUACAGCUCUGGGAUUCAAGAGUAUAUUGGGUCGGAUAAUGUUACUAGCUUUGGACUCUCGUCAUUACUACCACGUGCUAUACUGAGUGGGCUUUCGCUUUCAAAUACUUCUCUCCAACCCGAAUGCAGUAGCGGAAGCUGUUCAUAUCCAAAGUUUGUCUCAUUGGGUGUCUGCGGCCAAUGCGAAAAGGUUACUGAGCAGACAACUCAUGAUUGCCAAGGAGCUGUCUUAAAAAUAGAGGGUAGUUCCUUGACUCUAUCAGACCCAGGUCUCAACUGCACUUACACAGCGCCUUACGGGUUCAAUGUCACUCUUAACACGAAUAAUUUCUUCAGUCAUCCCGAAGAUGGGAUGAUCUCGCAAAGUGGGUCAACCUAUUUCUUUGACAUGGGUUACUGGUCUUCUAUUCCAAGACAAAGUGGGAAAAUAUUCGAUAUUGAAUCUCCUAUCGUUUCAUUCAUUACCAUUAGUUUGAAUGGUUCCAUUAUCUAUACCGCCAACAACCUCACGGCAUCACCAAAGCUAUCAUUCACGGAAUGCGCAUUUUAUUGGUGUGAGAAGGAGUAUGCACCUACCAACUACUCCGGCUAUGCCGCUGGCAUCCCCAUUUUGCAAACUCAGCAACUGCUUUCACGAACAGGCGGCCCGUUGACACCCUUGUCAAAGUCUCUGUCCAAUGACACAUCCUAUUAUGUCCCUGAUGUUAUCUUAGAAGACUUACCCAUCGCACUUGAGAGUGUGUUCAACGGCACAUCUUAUUCCAAGGGCUUUUUAGGAGAGAAUGCCCAAUCUGGGUUGACUAUUACAUCGCUUUUGCAGCUGAGUAACAUAACUGAAGUAGUGGAUUCCAUUUCCACUAAGCUCACGGACACUAUCCGUGAUUCCAACCACAGAAUCCGUGGAACAGCUUUCAGAGACGAGGCUUUCAUUGAUGUGAGAUGGCCGUGGAUAAUUCUACCUCUAUGUGUUGUUCUCGGAUCCGCAUCGCUGCUGUUGGCCACUGCAGUAGCCACGAGGAAGGAAAAUACUGUAGUUUGCAAAACUUCAGUAUUGCCUUUGUUGAUGAGCGACCUUGAUAUUGCAUCUGAAUACAAGUUCAACUCUUUGAGAAACGUGGAUGAAGUGAAGAGGAUCUCAAAAAAGAUAGUUGUUAUUUUGGAACAAGAUGAUGGUUUGAGGCUGUCUGAAAUUUGAGUACAUAUCAAAGAAUAGCCUUUCAAUGUUAGAUAACUUUUAGGGAAGAACUUGGCUGCCCUCAAAGUCAUUUACUACUUCUGUAGAUGAAUGUCAGAUUAUUCUGCCCUAAAGCAACAGGGAAUCGGAACUUGCUGUCCAA